CACCACUCGUGUUUUUACCACUAAAAACAAUAAAGAAGAAGAAGAAAAUUUCCUGAAUGUUUUCCAAGUGAUUAAAAAUCCUCUUUUAUUGUGUUUCCCAUUAAUAUGAUCAUUGUCUCCCUAUCCAGAAAUAAUCUAGGAAUCCUUCUGAACUUGUCUAGAAACUUCAGCAAAUUCGUUCCCCGGAAAAUGGAUUUUAAUGUGAAAGUACGGGAAAAUCCUGUGGUUACAAAGCUGAAUCGUCAAGAAUACAAGGCAAUCCUCACGGAGGAUUUGGUGGAUCUGUUGGAUUUAUUCAGAAAAUACAAAUAUGAGAUCCGUUUGGCUGGUGGUCCUGUGAGGGAUUUGCUGAUGAAGAAGAUCCCCACGGAUAUAGAUCUGGCUACAACAGCUACUCCUACGCAGAUGAAGGAGAUGUUUACGCAGGAGGAUGUUCGAAUGGUCAAUGCAAAUGGCGAGAAGCAUGGAACAAUCACUCCCCGGAUAAAUAAUGCCACAAACUUCGAGGUGACCACCCUGAGGAUUGAUGUUGCCACGGAUGGGAGGCAUGCUGAAGUGGAAUUUACGACGGACUGGCAACUAGAUGCCAAUCGCCGAGAUUUAACGAUAAAUUCAAUGUUUAUGGAUUUGGACAAUGGAGCGAUUUACGACUACUUUUACGGGUAUGAGGAUCUUCAACGGAGAAGAGUUGCUUUUGUGGGGAAUCCUGAGACGAGAAUACAAGAGGAUUAUCUAAGGAUUCUACGGUAUUUUCGCUUUUACGGGAGAAUAGCCACUGAGCCAGAUAAUCACGAUGAAGAGACUCUGAAAGCGAUUGAGAAGAACAUCGGAGGACUCGAGAGGAUUAGCGGGGAGAGAAUCUGGAUGGAGCUCAAGAAGAUUCUCCAGGGGAGAUUCUGCAGUGAACUCGUAAAGGUCAUGAUGAAAUGUGGAAUGGCGAGGUAUAUUGGAUUGCCUGAAGUGCCCAAUAUGGAGGAAUUUGAGAAAGUCUGUGAAGGCCAGAAGAACUUCGAUAAACCCGCUAAUGCUGCUACCAUCCUCUCAUCUUUGCUCUGGACACCUGAGGAUGCAAUUAAAUUGCACGAGAGAUUGAAAUUGUCAGCAUUUGAGCGUGAUCUCAUUUUUUACAUUAGUCAGAACCGAGAGAAUACCCGGAACAUUCAGGAGAUUCUGCAUUUCCAGAAGAUGUGCUUCCAGACUACAGGGAAGAAAAGUGAUUUGAGGAGCUUCAUUGAGCAACUUCUAAUCUAUCACAACAGGAGAGAUUUGUAUAAGAUUUUAGCAGCUUGGGAAAUUCCGCAGUUUCCAGUGAGUGGGAUUCAGUUGAGGGACCAAGGAUGUCCAGCAGGGAAAUCCAUGGGGAAUGUGAUGAAUGCCCUUAGGGAAAUCUGGGCUCAAGAUGAAUUCAAGGCAACAGCAGAAGAUCUACUGAAGCAUGUGCCGGAUAUUCUUGAGAAGAUGAAAGGCAAUGGAUCUCCUCGAGCAGUAAAAAAGCAAAAAGUCUAAUAAAAUGAAUUUCCGGAAAGGUUCCAA